AUGUCUGGACCUAUAGCCUCUUUUGAAUGCGGAAGCCAGCUGCUGAAACGCCAAUUCCUCUUCGAUCCUGGCUACAGAAAUUUGAACCAUGGCAGCUUCGGCACUUUUCCUCGUGUGGUGAGAGACGCAUUAAGACAGUAUCAAGACGAGUGCGAGGCAAGACCUGAUGCCUUCAUUCGCUACGCCUAUCCGAAAGCGUUAGACGUAUCGAGAGAGGCUGUCGCGAAGUUGGUCAAUGCCCCAGUUGACACUUGCGUUUUCGUGCCCAACGCAACGACCGGCGUGAAUACAGUCUUGCGUAGUCUGGUUUAUGCAGAAGGAGAUGUGAUUCUGUACUUCGCUACGAUCUAUGGAGCAUGUGAAAAGACAGUCACAUAUUUAACAGAGACCACCCCUGCUGAGUCAUCCAGGAUCGAUGAUCAUGUCUACCCUGUAUCUGACGAUGCACUCUGCGACGCUUUUGAGAGAGCUGUUGCUCGGGUCAAAUCCUCCGGCAAGCAGCCUAAAGUAGCCAUUUUCGACUCAAUUGCCUCGCUUCCAGGUGUUCGUGUCCCUUUCGAGCGCUUGGUCUCUCUAUGCCGCUCCCACAGCAUUCUGUCUCUCGUUGACGGAGCCCAUGGCAUUGGUCAGAUUCCCCUGGAUCUUGCACAACUUGAUGCAGAUUCCUUCAUCUCCAACGCCCAUAAGUGGUUGUUCACGCCAAGAGGUUGUGCACUACUUUGUGUCCCUAAGCGCAACCAGGGUCUCAUAAGAUCAUCGCUCCCGACCUCUCACGGAUUCAUCCCCUUGCCCAAGAGUGGGUCCCCAAAGAUCAAUAAUCCUUUGCCCCCCAGCCCAAAGAGCGCCUUCGUGGUCAACUUCGAGUUCGUCGGGACGAUAGAUAAUGCACCAUACCUGUGCCUACCUGCUGCUCUCAAAUUCAGGGAGUCCAUAACAUGGCAAGGCAAGAGCGGUGAAGAUGCGAUCAUCGGUUAUACGCAGCAGCAAGCACGCGAGGCAGGCAAGCUGGUUGCCGAGAUCCUGUCUACCGAAAUAAUGGAGAACGAGGAAGGUACCCUGGGCAGAUGCAACUUUUCGAACGUAAGGCUGCCCCUUGAUCCCACCACCCUAGCAGGUGGUGAGACGAGCAAAGCAGUGAGAAUCGCCCAGUGGAUCUCGGCCACGCUGGUUGACGAAUACAACACCUUCAUCGCUAUCAUUUUCUAUGGCGGCGCUUGGUGGGUGCGGCUCAGCGCGCAGAUCUACCUCACUACGGAUGACUGGCAGUGGGCUGGCGAAGUUCUCAAACAGGUUUGUGAGAGGGCCAGCAAGGGGGAGGCCUUGAGAGAAUAG